AUGCCGCCGUAUGGAAUGAAACAGGCUAUGAGGAAGCGAAGCGUUAUCGAGGCAAGGCCGGGCGAAUGCGUGGAUCCGGAGGAGGCGAUGAUGCAAACCGCUAUUGAACAGAGCUUCAAGGAAGGCAGUGGUUUAAGCGACAUGGAGCAGGAGUACCUGAAGGCCCUGGAAAUCUCGCGCGUCGAGGUUGAAGCGGAGGAGCAACGGCGACGUCAGGAGGCGGAAGAACUGGACCGUAUCCUCAAGCUGUCUCUUGUUGAGAAGUGA